AUGAAUAUCAUUGUGAAUAUCAAGGAAAAAAACUUAUUAUUGAGAAUAAUAUUCCUUAAAUUUAAGAUUGAACAUAAAUUUCUAUGGGGAACGCGAUUUCUAACCGCGGCAGGAAUAAUAACUACAGCUACAAUGACACCAAAGAGCAAGAUGGGCUUUAUUAUGCAAAUUCCUGGCCCAAAUGCAGUUCCUGAGGAAGUGAUUUUUGUUAUCCAAAUGGUAUUGAUAACAAUUCUUGCCGUAUAUCUAAUAACACUUGACUUGGGAAUAAUUUUCAUUGGCAUUCAAAUUAUGGCAGCGCUAAAUAUUCUCAAUGAUUGCAUGAAAUUGAUCGAUGAGAAAACUAAGGAAAUUCCAAAUUACCUCAAAUCAAUCAUCAUUCGCCACAACGAUAUUAUCAAGAACGUGAAUCUGUUCAACGAAGCAAUUCAAAAGAUGGCGUUUGUUCAGGUCACAAACGAAAGCGAUCAAAUUGCAGGAUAUUUAAUAUGUUGUAUUGGAAUUGGUCAAAUUUUUCUCCUUUGCUUGUUUGGCGAACUCAUCAAGAUGAAAACCGAGAGACUUUCGGAGACUCUUUACCUCACAAACUGGUACGAAUUGAGCGUGAAGGAUCAGAAGACGUUUCUUCUGAUCCUCGCGAUGGCGCAGAAAGAUUUCGGACUGAAAGCGGCCGGAAUGUAUGACGUCAAUCUGAACGCCUUUGUACAGAUCGUCAAACUGGCCUUUUCUUACUGCACCGCUUUGUAUGCUUUGAGCAAGUGAAAUGUUAAUACGAGAGGC